UCCUGUUUUUUGGUUAAUUAAAGAAAAGAAUGGAAUCUAUUAAGAUGAGCCUUGAAGAAACCAGCAUUGUUGCCGAUAAGUACAGAGUUUUCUUGAAUUUGGAGGAUCCUACCAUUCAAUGGAGGCAUGGAAAGCCCCCAACUUAUGAAACUGUUAACCAGCUCUUUGAAGAUGGCAGAACCAAGGAGUGGCCAAAAGGAUCUCUUGAAGAAACAGUGCAAAAUAUUAUAAAAUCAUUGCAAGUGGAGUUUGCUCACAAGACUAGAUUAGAGGAUUUCAAGGCCAUAAACCCUCAGAAAUUCAACGUUUUUAUCAAUGGAAGAGAGGGACUAUCAGUAGAAGAUGUACUAAGGAUUGGAAACCUCAAUGCUUUACUAAAGAGUAGUCUACCAAAGGAGUUGCAAUUUUACAAAGUAGAGGAAGAAACACAAGAAUCAGCUCAUAAUGACUUCAAGACUUGUUUUCCAAGAGGAUUUGCAUGGGAAGUUAUUGAAGUUUAUUCACCUCCUCCUUUGAUUGCUUUCAAGUUUAGGCAUUGGGGUUUCUUUGAAGGUCAUUUCAAAGCCUAUUCCCCAACUGGUGAAUUAGUUCAAUUCUAUGGCAUGGCAACUCUCAAGGUAGAUUCAUCAAUGCAAGCUGAAGAAGUUCAUAUCUACUAUGAUUCAACAGAGCUAUUUGGAGGUCUAUUAAAGGGCAAAAAAAAUAUUGAUUCUGAAUUAUUCAAAACAACUGAUUGUAAUUCAGCUGCCUCUGCCUGCCCAAUCUUCAAUUGAGUAGUAGUUUCAAUAUUAAUAAACAAAAAUAAUUAAUGUAUGUGAUGAAGUUGUAAGCUUCAAUAAAUUCUAUGCAUUAUUGUUCAAUAA